AUGUGUGAGCGUGCCAUGUGUGAGCAUGCAAUAAGUGAGCGUGCCAUGUGUGAGCGUGACAUAUGUGAGCAUGCCAUGUGUGAGCAUGCCAUGUAUGUGCGUGACAUAUGUGAGCAUGCAAUAAGUGAGCGUGCCAUGUGUGAGCGUGACAUAUGUGAGUGUGCAAUAAGUGAGCAUGCCAUGUGUGAGCGUGCCAUGUGUGUGCGUGCCAUGUGUGAGUGUGCAAUAUGUGAGUGUGCCAUGUGUGUGCGUGCCAUAUGUGAAUGUGCAAUAAGUGAGCGUGCCAUGUGUGAGCGUGACAUAUGUGAGCGUGCAAUAAGUGAGCGUGUCAUGUGUGAGCGUGACAUAUGUGAGCGUGCAAUAAGUAAGCGUGCCAUGUGUGAGCGUGCCAUGUGUGAGCGUGCCAUGUGUGAGCAUGACAUAUGUGAGCGUGCAAUAAGUGAGCGUGCCAUGUGUGAGCGUGACAUAUGUGAGCAUGCAAUAAGGGAGCGUGCCAUGUGUGAGCGUGACAUAUGUGAGCGUGCAAUAAGUGAGCGUGCCAUGUGUGAGCGUGCCAUGUGUGUGCGUGCCAUAUGUGAGCGUGCAAUAAGUGAGCAUGCCAUGUGUGAGCGUGACAUAUGUGAGCAUGCAAUAAGUGAGCGUGCCAUGUGUGAGUGUGACAUAUGUGAGCGUGCAAUAAGUGAGCGUGCCAUGUGUGUGCGUGCCAUAUGUGAGCGUGCAAUAAGUGAGCGUGCCAUGUGUGUGCGUACCAUAUGUGAGCGUUCAAUAAGUGAGCAUGCCAUGUGUGAGCGUGCCAUGUGUGUGCGUGCCAUGUUUGAGUGUGCAAUAUGUGAGCGUGCCAUGUGUGAGUGUGACAUAUGUGAGCGUGCAAUAAGUGAGCAUGCCAUGUGUGAGCGUGCCAUGUGUGAGCGUGCCAUAUGUGAGUGUGCAAUAAGUGAGCGUGCCAUGUGUGAGCAUGACAUAUGUGAGCAUGCCAUGUGUGUGCGUGCCAUAUGUGAGCGUGCAAUAAGUGAGCGUGCCAUGUGUGUGCAUACCAUAUGUGAGUGUGCAAUAAGUGAGCAUGCCAUGUGUGAGCGUGCCAUGUGUGUGCGUGCCAUGUGUGAGUGUGCAAUAUGUGAGCGUGCCAUGUGUGUGCGUGCCAUAUGUGAGUGUGCAAUAAGUGAACGUGCCAUGUGUGAGCGUGACAUAUGUGAGCGUGCAAUAAGUGAGCAUGGCAUGUGUGUGCGUGCCAUGUGUGUGCAUGCCAUAUGUGAGCGUGCAAUAAUUGAGCAUGCCAUGUGUGAGCAUGACAUAUGUGAGCAUUCAAUAAGUGAGCAUGCCAUGUGUGAGCGUGCCAUGUGUGAGCGUGCCAUGUGUGAGCAUGCCAUAUGUGAGCAUGCAAUAAGUGAGCGUGCCAUGUGA